AACGUUUCACUUGGCGCUCCCCCUUUGAGAGAAGAACAUAUAGUUGCUGGAACGGGCCAGAUUUUCCAAACCCUGGGUCACUUGCUUGGCGAUUCUCCUGCACUUUUCUCAGCUUGUGUGGCCAGAAGCACUCCCAGCUCUGCGUUUCUGCAUUGUUCGCAACUGUACGGUUGAAUUUAUUUGCAUCAAAUUUACAAAAUGACUAGUGGAAAGAAAUACGGAGACGUUACUACAAGCCACUCCUCACUAGCUCUGAGAGUUAUUUAUUAGCUAGUGUCAGAGGAACUUUGUUACGCUGCACUUUUUGGGCUUGUGCACGACAUCAGCAGAUGUCCCUCCCCAGGACUCUGUGUUGUUUGUCGGUCCUUUUGCGUGUGUGUUCCCACGGUGCAUCCUGCUGAGCCUCCAGCCAUGGCCCUCUGUCCCACCAUGUUCAGGCUCUUGCGAAAUACCAAGUGUCUGCUGCUCCUGCUGGCCCUGUGCCUGUGCAUUCUAGUGUGGAUUUCGACGUUCAGUAGCGGGCCGCUGAAGGCCUUGAUACCCACUCAGGUGCAGGAGUUGGAAAGGACGUGGUCAGAGGUGGAGGCAGGUCCAGAUCCAGGGCAGGGCACGUCCUAUGCCCCCCUGGACCUGAUGAUGACCAAGGACAGAGAGGAGGAAGAGGUUCCCAAAGCACCCUGCCCAGAGGAAUCUCCUCUACUCCGCGGGCCAUUGGCAUUGUCGUUUGAGCCGACGCUCAUGCUAAGUCAGGUGGCAUGGGAGAACGAUGCUGUGAUUGAGGGGCAGUACAAGCCUGAUGACUGCGUGGCCAGGCAGAGUGUGGCUGUGCUCAUCCCACACCGGAACCGGGAGAAACAUCUCCUCUACCUGCUGCACCACCUGCACCCGUUCCUGCAGAGACAGCAGCUGCAUUACGCCAUCUAUGUCAUUCACCAGGCUGGUGAAGACAAAUUUAAUAGAGCUAAACUGUUAAACAUUGGCUACUUGGAGGCUUUGAAAGACUACAGCUGGGAGUGCUUCAUCUUUCACGAUGUUGACCUUGUCCCUGAGAAUGAUCACAAUCUGUACACAUGUGACCAGCAGCCCAAACACUUGGUGGUGGGCAGGAACUCCACUGGUUACAAGCUGAGAUAUAAAAAUUACUUUGGGGGUGUGACAGCCUUGUCAAAAGAGCAGUUCCUCAAAGUGAAUGGCUUCCCCAACACAUACUGGGGAUGGGGCGGUGAGGAUGACGACCUCCGGAUACGGGUCCGUCUGCAAAAUAUGUUGAUUUCAAGGCCACCCAAGGCCAUCGGACGCUAUACCAUGGUCUUCCACCAGAGAGACAAUGGCAAUGAGGUCAAUAAAGACAGGAUGCAUCUGCUGUCCAAAACUCCGCAGACAUGGAAGAAGGACGGACUGAACUCCUGUUCCUACAAGACCCUAUCGGUAGAGAGAUCUGCUCUGUACAUCAACGUCACUGUGGACAUUGGCAAGCCCCCUGCCCAGCAUUGAGGCUGGUCUACGGCUGCCCCUCUCGUCUUUUAGUGUGGACUGAAUUGGACGAACAGUGUGUACAGUGGUUGAGCCAGUGUACAAUUCCAGCACUGCCAGUGCAGCAGCACUCACAGAGGAUCUCUGUGAUAGGACUUUUAUUUUUUGACAGAUGCAGUAGAGUCAUAUAAAUGUAUGCACAUUUUAGUUAUAGUUAAAAGAUAUGUGCACACAAAUCUUGCACUGUAAAUUUCAAUGUAAUCUCUAUUUUACAUUUCAGAGUAGCAAAUCAGGUAUUGUUGCACCUUUCUUGAUGCCAGGUAGGGUUAGGGAAAAUAUUAUUUUCAACUUUGUAUCAUGUAAAAGGUUUGUCAGCUUCUUCUUUUUUACUUAAAGAUUCACUGGAUGAUGAUGAUUGACCUAUAGGUGCCUAAACAUUUGCACAGGACAGAGUUUCGUUGUUUAGUGAAAUAUGUAAGGGAGAGGUGCAUGACGGGAGAAGUGGGUGUGAUUUAGUGAUCUGCAGAACUAGUAUUUGAUUGUUAAACCUAGCUGGAUGUGCCCCAGGGUUGUCAUCAGGCAGCAUUAUUUUGGACACUAAUUAGCCUUGGGUGCAGGUGUAGAAAUGAGCUACUUUUAACUUUGGGUCAGUGUCAGAGUGAGGACAUUAUACAGGGAGAUGUUUAGAGGUCUGAUGGCUAUGAGUCUCCAUUAAUAAGGAAACCAAAACAUAAGACUGACUUGUUGCUAUUGUAGGCUAUAUUAUACUUCCUACUUGUGCUGUAGGAAACCGUUGACAACUUUUAAAUCUACAGCCUUAGCUGAAAUGACGUAUUUAUGAACAGAAUCAUUUGGAUGCCAUGAUACUGUGGACUUUUUCCACACACUUAAGUGAACGAGUAGUAACAUUUAAGUAACAAAUUUGGCCUGUAAAUCAGAAUUUGUUAGUUAAAUGUUUAUCUCUUAUUGCCGUUUAAUGGAUGGCUAAACAUUUUUAGGUGCACUACUGUCCACUGAAUUGGUCUGUGGACUGCUUAGAUAUGUUUUUAAGUGGCCAGUGAAGCAGUAAGUGAUUUUUGAUGGGUUGAAUUGACAUUGACAUGCAGUUAUGAAUGCUAUAUCCUCUCCAAUGAUAAAGGAAUUUGUCUUUUUACUUGGUGACUGUUUAAUUUUUGACUGAGACACGGUUAGUGUUUCUGUGAGAUUUUCUUUUCAGAUCUGUCUAUUUAUCUGGCAUAGAAAUGGAGUUUGCCCAAUUUACAGUUUGUAUGUUUGUUUGUUUUUCCUUGAUGUUCAGACUGUUGUAGUAGUUGCAAAAUGUUUCAUGUAAGUACAGUGCAAGCCUAAUGAUGGUUUUGUUUUUAGAUUUUAUUUUUACAAUUUCAGGCAAAUUACUUUUACAUUUCUUUACCAAUGCACUUUCCAGCAACAUCUCCAGCAUGGGUGAUGGCAUUUUAUUUUCUAAGAAAGAAGAAUCCAAGUUCAAAAAUGGCUUCCAGUAUGGUUUCAGAUAUCCACUUUACUUUUUGUCAUCUCAUUGGAGUAGAGAAUCUCGGUGUAUCUUACAGAGUCAGAAGCCACACAGGCAACUUUAAAAUGUGGUUUAAGCAAAGUGUGUGAUGGUUUAAGCAGGAUUGUAUUUGUAAGAAGCUAACAUAAGCAUUACCCAUUAGCUACAUUAGCCUUGCUGUGUCUGUGCAAAAGUAAAAGAUCAAAAUCUGGACUCUGGACAUCUCUUAACGAAGCCUUAAAGGAUUCUUCCUAGCAAAGAUUUACUGUUUAAGAUGCCACUUAUGAGUCCUAGACUCUCCAAUAGAAGGACCUCCAAGCACAAAUGUACUAGUCGUUCUGGACUUUGAUUUAGUUAUAGUUAAAAGAUAUGUGCACACAAAUCUUGCACUGUAAAUUUCAGUGUAAUCUCUAUUUUAGAUUUCAGAGUAGCAAAACAGGUAUUGUUGCACCUUUCUUGAUGCCAGGUAGGGUUAGGGAAAAUAUUAUUUUCAACUUUGUAUCAUGCAAAAGGUUUGUCAGCUUCUUCUUUUUUACUUAAAGAUUCACUGGAUGAUGAUGAUUGACCUAUAGGCGCUUAAACAUUUGCACAGUACAGAGUUUCGUUGUUUAGUGAAAUAUGUAAGGGAGAGGUGCAUGAGGGGAGAAGUGGGUGUGAUUGAGUGAUCUGCAGAACUAGUAUUUGAUUGGUAAACCUAGCUGGAUGUGCCCCAGGGUUGUCAUCAGGCAGCAUUAUAUUGGACACUAAUUAGCCUUGGGUGCAUGUGUAGAAAUGAGCUACUUUUAACUUUGGGUCAGUGUCAGAGUGAGGACAUUAUACAGGGAGAUGUUUAGAGGUCUGAUGGGUAUAAGUCUCCAUUAAUAAGGAAACCAAAACAUAAGACUGACUUGUUGCUAUUGUUGGCUAUAUUAUACUUCCUACUUGCGCUGUAGGAAACCGUUGACAACUUUUAAAUCUACAGCCUUAGCUGAAAUGACGUAUUUAUGAACAGAAUCAUUUGGAUGCCAUGAUACUGUGGACUUUUUCCACACACUUAAGUGAAUGAGUAGUAACAUUUAAGUAACAAAUUUGGCCUGUAAAUCAGAAUUUGUUAGUUAAAUGUUUAUCUCUUAUUGCCUUUUAAUAGAUGGCUAAACAUUUUUAGGUGCACUACUGUCCACUGAAUUGGUCUGUGGACUGCCUGGAUAUGUUUUUAAGUGGCCAGUGAAGCAGUAAGUGAUUUUUGAUGGGUUGAAUUGACAUUGACAUGCAGUUAUGAAUGCUAUAUCCUCUCCAAUGAUAAAGGAAUUUGUCUUUUUACUUGGUGACUGUUUAAUUUUUGACUGAGACACGGUUAGUGUUUCUGUGAGAUUUUCUUUUCAGAUCUGUCUAUUUAUCUGCCAUAGAAAUGGAGUUUGCCCAAUUUACAGUUUGUAUGUUUGUUUGUUUUUCCUUGAUGUUCAGACUGUUGUAGUAGUUGCAAAAUGUUUCAUGUAAGUACAGUGCAAGCCUAAUGAUGGUUUUGUUUUUGGAUUUUAUUUUUACAAUUUCAGGCAAAUUGCUUUUACAUUUCUUUACCAAUGCACUUUCCAGCAACAUCUCCAGCAUGGGUGAUGGCAUUUUAUUUUCUAAGAAAGAAGAAUCCAAGUUCAAAAAUGGCUUCCAGUGUGGUUUCAGAUAUCCACUUUACUUUUCGUAAUCUCAUUGGAGUAGAGAAUCUCGGUGUAGCUUACAGAAUCAGAAGCCACACAGGCAACUUGAAAAUGUGGUUUAGGCAAAGUGUGAUGGUUUAAGCAGGAUUGUAUUUGUAAGAAGCUAACAUAAGCAUUACCUAUUAGCUACAUUAGCCUUGCUCUGUCUGUGCAAAAGUAAAAGAUCAAAAUCUGGACUCUGGACAUCUCUUAACGAAGCCUUAAAGGAUUCUUCCUAGCAAAGAUUUACUGUUUAAGAUGCCACUUAUGAGUCCUAGACUCUCCAAUAGAAGUACCUCCAAGCACAAAUGUACUAGUCGUUCUGGACUUUAUGUAAUAGCUAAUAGUUGGCUAAUGAAGAAAUCGAAAUCUUUCAAUAGAAGGUUCCAUUUUAUAAUCACCUACAGUUGUUUACUCCAGGCCAAUAGCCAUCUUUAACUACUGCAAAAAUUUAGUUCAGAACAGCAAAAAGGAGCAACCAGCUCCUUCUGUAUCUGAAUGUGUGUCUGUGUGUGCAGCUCAUAUUUAUAAAAGUGAAAUAUGGAUUUAUAAUCUCUACAAGAUCUUUUUGCUGCUGAGAACAAUUUGAAGGAGAUUCCAUAUCAUGGGUAGAGGUGAAUUUUGUGUGAUCCUCUACUUCAAAUGCCUUAUUGUUAUUUACAUGAUUACCUUAAUAUAUUUUUUUUUUCUUAGAAUUAGACCAAUCUUAAAAUGUCAUUUUAGUUCUGAAUAUAUAACGUGCAAUGAAAUUUUGUCUCAGUUGACUCAUUUUAAUAAUCAUAAAGCACAUUUGCUAUUUUUCUGAGUGCUGCACAUAUUUUGGUUACUGAAUGUCUGUUAUUUUACAUCAUUACAUUAGGCUAAAUAUAAUAUAAAGGAUAAUCAGCUAUUUCUGUGAAAGAUGCAGACUUAUAAUAGAUCUUGAUCGUCUGAUCUGUUUUAUUUGACUGAGGACAUAUGCCACAGUAGUGCUAAACCACAGUUGGUUAGACAGCUUAAAUUCUCUCACUUCUGAGUCUUUUACUUUGUUUAUGUUUUAUAUAGCUUUGCAUAAAAACCAUUGCUUUGGAAGAAUGUAGUGUUUUUGUGAAACACUUAAGAUUAAACACGUAAGCAAAAAUACCUAUCGGGUGGUGGGAUUCUGGAAGGUUUCAAUAAAUUAUUUCAUUGAUA